AUGAAGAUUGGAGUAAAGGCAACCAAAAACUGCUUUGGUAGAGCGAAUUAAAUCCUCAUUGCUAUAACUGCUGACUCUGCCUAGUACGAAAAGAAAUUAACUUUGCAGUCAAGGUUAUAGAGAAGCUUGCCAAUUACGAAGCUCUUUUAAAAGCAAAUCGGCCGGAGCUUACUGCAGAACAUGAAGAUGACCGCCAGCGACUAUGCUCGGAGUAUUUCGUUCUUCGGACAACAUUGGUGAGUCUCUACUUUGUGUCGUGCCAACACUUCUGACAUGCAUCAAAGGCGUGGCAUGAAAAGAAGUUCGAUAUCGUGGAACACAUGUACACUAAUGCCCGAGAAUUCAAGCGUGUAUUUGAUCCCAGCACAGCUGAGAGCCUGGCCGAUGUUCUCUUUGAGUUGGGAAAAAGUCUUCUGGCCAGCAAAGAAUUUGACCUCGCUACGAAAUGGCUGGAACGAGCCCUGGAAGUGCUGGCCGACCAAGAACUGGACAAACUGAGCAUGGAUGCUAGUGAGCUACGAAUAUCCAUCAUCCAGUCAUGCGUGAAAGGCCUGCUGAAAAUUCAACAAGAACCCGCAUUGGAGAAAGCCGGGAAUCUUGUCCAGAUCCUCUCUCAUGAGCUUGGGGAUAGACUAAUUGUUUUGUUGCUCAGACUCGAGGUCCUUGCAGCAAGCACGACAGCUUUUGAUCAUGUUGCUUACAGCGAAGUUCUUGGCAGAAUCGUUCGAACUGCUGUAUUGAAUGAACAGAACUUUAAGCUUGUGAUGUUUCAUAUUCGAAAGUUGAUUGUGAAAAGUCCGGAUCUAGCUUGCGGGUCAGUCGACGAAUUGUUCCGCCUGCGUAUAUUGAAUGAGGGCCGUGAGGAAUUAGUGGAGAAAGUACUUAUCACGCGUUUGUGGAUAACGGUGGCACAGUAUCCAACUCUGGAAUCGUUGUCUGGACUUGAAGGGUUUCUCGAUUCCAUAAUAGAAAAUUUCAAGAAUCCUGUUACCCCAGCAGCUACUUUGGCAGCACAUACUGUAUGUUUCCUAACAUCGAAGUCCGAAUUGCGGAUGCUAAUUUAUUCAGUUACUCUGGAAGCCUAUCGAAUCUAGUCAUGCUCAAGGCAAAUAUGAUUUGGCGGAAAAGUGGUGUCGUCUGGCCUUACAUCGCGUGUUCGAGAAGGCGGGGGAUCUUAACAUGGCUAGAGUGUCAAGGUUGGUAUCCUCGACUCCUCAGCGAUCUUGAUGCUAAUCAAGUCAGCAGAAAACUCCUGCUGUGUGCUUUUGAACGACAGGAUACAAAUAGUGCGAUGGAAAUAUUUACAUCUAUGCCCGAAAUAGCGAAAAAUGAACCAAUGACGAGAUUUCUAAUGUACAAAGUUGCUAUUCAGUCUAAUUUAUCUAAAGUCGCGGCGGAAAGUCUCCAAGUCAUAUACUCGGCAUCUUCGACCGACCCGACACUUCUAUAUGCAUGUUGUCUAUAUUCUAUGCAGGGAAAUAACAAGGUACAGACAUUGGCGGCUUUGCAGCUUGUGCUUGAAAAACACGACUAUGAUCUUCCUACGGCAGUUCAUCUACCCUCACUUAUCCGGGUCACAAUUGGCAUAACAUCCAAACUGCUUGAAACUUCACUGCAGAAUGGAUCUAAUAACGCCGAGGUGGAAGAGCUUAUAAAUAAGCUCUGCAAGCUCUUCGAAGGUGGUAUGUUUUCUCGAGAAUAUGUUUGGGUACAACUAAUUAUGGAGCAGCUGUCACUGCGGUACAGAAACCAAACAGACCCAAGAUGGGGUCUGAACCGAUAUGGACCAUCCACGAGCUCGAUUGGUUUUCAAAGAACUCCUAUAAUAUCGCUAUCAAGAACAUAUCUGUUUGGACGCCAUUCAACUCUCUGCGAAUGUUGAAAUGUUGUAUAGCGUUCAUUGAUCAAUACCCUCUGGAUAUCGGCGAGAACUUUGAAGAUCUCGCACUACGCAAGAUGUUUUGUGAAUUUUCCGCUGCAGCUGCACUUGUAACACUGGCCAGAGGCGAAGAUAACAUCGAAUUGCAGCUCCAGAAUUACCUUGAUCUCAGAAAGCAUGUGAAAAGUUUUGACGAGUUAUACGGAAAUAAGUCCGAGACAAUGGAGGAUGUUAAGAUUGAAGACUUGUUACAAAAACUCUCGAUUCUGUUGGCCUUUGACUUCGAAGCAGCUUGUCAUCUGAAAGCUUGGGACACGUUGAGUGAGACCAUCUUGAAUGCAAGUAUUUGUAAGAGUGCUCGUACGUAUCAGUUGAUGGCAGAUUGUCUCCUGUGCAUUCAAGAUGGUUCCCGCAUUGAAAUCCCAACAGAUGGUGAGCUUAACAUUCGUGUACUAGAAACGCAUCUAACAUUGUGCAGUUCUGGUUUUUAAUCUCAAGAAAAUUGUCAAUGAAGCCUGGGGUCUGGAGAAUAUGGAUAUCACGUCACUGGCAAAAUACAUGCGCUGCCUCUUCCAAAUCGCACAAUCGGACAAUGUAGAGAUCGCAGAGCAGCUCCUUGGCCAAAUUGCUGAUCAGGCACAGGAGGCGAGCGAGGUAGCUAGCUAUCUCCAUCAAAAUCUUAGGGCCUCGUUGCUGACAUGAGAGUAGACUGAGCAACCCUAUCCUACCGAAGAACUUGAUUGGAUUGCGAGUCGAGCUUUCAAUCAUGCUGUCGACCUGUAUUGCAACGAACAAGACGAUGAGUGCAGAGAGUGGGCAGCGAAAGCCUUGAAUAUUGCGCACUUUUGUAAUGAUGGGGGUGCUUUGAAACGCUUGCUUGAGGAGAAGCUAGCUGGUUUGAAUCUCGACUGAACUUUUCAUACUUUGCGACAACCUCUAGUAUUUGGUUCUAUGGUAUGGAUGGACAUACUUUGAGAGGUGUUACGUUUUUAGAGUUUCAGCGAAGGAAGUUGGUCCAUAUCCCCGCUGGUGCCCGAGUAAUAUGGUAAAGCACUCGUAUCCACCCUUUUCGCUUCAAGGGUUAGUUCUAAUAUUUUUGUAGGGUCUUUCCAAUGAUAGUCGAGUAUUCCAAGUCUAUUGUGGAGAUCAAUGUGAGCCUCAAAGCUGUUGUUGUCCAAGUCGAAGGAUAAUGGCCAUGGACGACGAUGAACCCGCCGAAAACUCUUUACGCAUAGAGCAAGAUUUUACAUACACAUCACCAUAGCAUAUACCGUCAGCUCUCUAUGUAGACGCACUUCACGGAAUACAUCUCAGCCACUACGAAGAUAUACCAGUGUUGGAACAAUUUGGGAGGGGCGGGGGGAACUUUGAGGGUCUAGCGCACACUUAUGGCACUUUUACAUGGAGCUUUGAGAGUAAUGGGUUCACUAAAUUUCGCGGAUAUGUUUCGGAUAUUGCUAAGAAUGGGGGGCGAGUUAUUGUAGUACGUGAGAGGUGGAGAUAUGUUCAUAGAAGCAUUGUGUUUUUAGCUUACCUUAUUGCUUAAUCC